AUGUCCCAAUCUGCUGGCCACUUCGCAGAGGUUGAGACCGCUGCUUCUGAUGCUGACUGCAGUGAUGGGGUAUAUGACACUAAUGCCAAUGAUUGCGAGACGGAUUCGGUCAUUGUUGGCAAACAAGUUCGCGACCAGUCUCCCAUUGAAUGGUCUCCAACUCCACCUCGGGGCCAGGCUCUUGAAUUUCAAGGUGAAUCUGCCGAUGAAAUGGACGUAGAACCAUCUCCAAAAAAUUUGGCCACUGUUAUACCUCACGAGCUGUAUUCCAAUCGCGUUCGUCAGGGAACUCCAGAGCAAAGUCACCCAUCCUCCCCAAAAGUGUAUAGUCCAAUUGAGUUGAGCGACGACGAUUUUCCAGUCCUUCCUCCUUCUCCAAAAAAGUCUAAGGAAAUGCUCAAGCCUUUCUUGUUGCAAAGCCCUGUUUCUGUAACUCACUCAGAACGGUUGCGUCCUACUAUUCCUGAAUCCAGCAGCACAUCCCCAACUUAUCCUCCCCCUCCCCGAAACCUUACAUCAAUUGUUGUUAAUGGCCGAAUGUAUUACGCAUCAGACAAUCCCGAAUUCACCAAUUUAGUUUUGUCUCCUUCGUCUUCCCAACACCCGUCCUCUCCCAUACGCCCUCAUCCACUCCCGACUUCAUCUGCCAGUGCUGAUGUCGGCGCAGGUCUUCAGAUGGAUGAUGAUUCUUUCGACUUGUGUUAUCCACCAGAAGACCCUGAAGUUUCUACACCAGUUGAAACGUCCUCCCGUGGGCUUUCAGUCGAUGAGUAUGAUGACUUGGACAUCAAUUUACCUGCUGAUUUUCGGUCAAUCCGUGCUUUGCGGACUCCUUCGCCUGAUUUACCCUCCAAUCCAUUGGAUGGCUGGUCACCCACUCCUCGUGCUCAAUCCACUUUGGGGUCCCUCGCACGUCGUGGCUUAUUUCCUAAUUCAUCUACCAAUCCGCAUAUCUCUCCUUCAAAAUUAAGAUGUGACACGUCUCCCUUGAAGGUGUUGUCUGGUUCUUCACCUUCACCUCCUCGCUCCCUAUUGUCAUCACCGUCCCAUUCGUAUUCUGGCACGUCUACCACAAAUACGUCUCUGUCAAAAGCUUCUGCCCAGGGUUCUCCAAAAUCUAGGGGGAAAGAUUGUGUUCGGUUCCACCCCUUCAAACAAUUGACGCAUAAUCAUCACGUCCCUUCCUCUCUCAUUGUGGGGACUUCACCUGUCAAGUCACCUUCUAAGUCUUCUGCUGCAGGGAAGAGGCUUUGCGACAAUCUCAUCCGUCAUGCACUCUGCGAUGGUCAACCUUCUCCUUCAACUACAUCUACCCGUGAGAUUUGCAAUGCACUCAUUCGAGAGGCGCUUGGUGAGAGUGAUCUCACAAACGACGUGAGCUCAAGUGGUACCACAGUAGUGCAAGAACACGACCCUCAGGAAGUGCCUCCCUUUGUUGACAAUAACCUCGGUGAUACUGGGGUCCUGAAUUCUGCUUGGAUUGACCGUCGUUUUGCUGUGUCCUUUAGAUCUGUUACCAAUCUCCCGUUAGUCGCUGUAAUUAUUAGGCCUAUUGCUGAUGAAAGCAUUACCGAAGAUGACGACUAUCUCCUCUACCGCGAUAUGGAAAAAUGUAUCCGUCAGGUCGUUAAUUUCAUCCAUUGUGCAAACGUCUUCAAUGGUGCACGUUUUGACCCUACUUCUCCGUCUGCGAUUGCAUGCCCAACGAUCAACAACAAAAUUCAUCUCGUCCUUGCUGAAGAUCAUUUUUUCAAUGCCGUCUUCCUCACUGUCGGCCGUGUUAACGAAUCCUAUAUUUUCAAUCCAAAAUCCUUCCUUGCUAAAGAUAAAGCUGUUCGCUAUAUUCGGGGCUUACGCGUCCAUGGUCUUAUGCAGGAGUCGCAGCGACUAUUCGCGUGUUUUGGGAGCUUAAUUGGUGCUUCUAAAUUUGGGUGCCCUGUCUCCGAAGGCAUUAUAGACUUCCGAUCUAACCAGCGUUUCGACUCUGAUAUAUGGAAGGAUGAUCCCGACAAUCUCAGCCCACUGGAACCUGUGACUCCUGGCAAAAAACGUGAGGUCUCAAAUGUACCGAAGAAUAUCCACUGUAAAGAUCCUUUGCCCUUUUGCCAUGCAGUUCCCAUCUUCGACGGCAGGGGUUCUUUCGUCGCUUCUGCUGCUCAGCUAAAUCAAAUCGCUUCCCGUGCUUAUCCCCUUUACUUGGACUCCCAAGAAGAGGUCCCUCCCGAUUUGAUUGUUUGUGUUGGGUACACUGCUCAUACAUGGCAGUCAUCUGGGUCAUCCAAGGCCCCUCCUCUUUGUCUUUCUCUUGGCCUCCAGUUUGUUGUGGUCCUUGCGCUUCCACCUGGUUACGACGGCCCUCCUCUUCCUAGUAGCGGCUCCUCCCGUCCCUUCCCAAAACCCCUAUACAAUACUCCAACCUGCACCAAAGACUUUCCCGGCCCACCUCGUCGCACCCAUUCGCAUCUGCAGGCGUCUUCUUCCCGAGUCAGUCCUGAUGCUGCCAGGCCUUUGCGUGUUACUCACCGCAGCCAGGCUGACUCUGACGAUGAUAGUCCUUAUCUAUAUUCUGGUGGUCUCAAGGAUGGGUAUGAAUAUCAUGAAGAUCUUAUCGAGACGAAGUUGAUCAGCAAACGAAAAUAG